UUUGUAUCUAUUUCACGGAAUGUCUGUUCAGCAUUCAUCUAAAAAAACACUUUAUCAAACAGCUGGAGUGAAGUUCAGUGUAAGAACAUUGUGAGCUGGAUUCUGUUCACUUAAGUCACAUCGCCAUUGGAGAAAAGCUCUGAUAUUGAAGUUGGUGCCCACUCCUCCUCAUGAUGUGGAAAACUAGUUUGAUCCACCGCUUCAACUCUGGCCUGCCUGAAAUAGGCUCUCAGGCAACUAAAUGUUGGCCAGUUUCUAGACCAGCAUCCAUUAAACAACUUGCUCGGCACUGGAGCAACGUUCCCUUUCUCACUGUUCCCCCAAGGCGCACUCCAGGGAAACCAUUUGCCCACCGGAGUGAACUGAAACAAGCCAAGCGCAUCGUGGUAAAGCUCGGUAGCGCAGUGGUGACACGAGGUGAUGAGUGCGGCCUUGCUCUUGGUCGGCUUGCUUCCAUUGUUGAGCAGGUAUCAAUCCUGCAGAACCAAGGUCGGGAGAUGAUGAUUGUAACAAGUGGAGCUGUGGCUUUUGGCAGACAACGCCUUCGACAUGAAAUCUUGCUUUCCCAGAGUGUGCGGCAGGCCCUGCACUCAGGUCAAAACCAGCUGAAAGACAUGACAGUUCCUGUGCUGGAAGCCCGUGCCUGUGCUGCGGCUGGACAGAGUGGCUUGAUGGCUUUGUAUGAAGCCAUGUUCACACAGUACAGCAUUUGUGCUGCUCAGAUUCUUGUAACAAACUUGGAUUUCCAUGAUGAGCAAAAGCGACGAAACUUAAGCAGUACACUUCAUGAGCUUCUCCGGAUGAAUAUUGUUCCAAUUAUCAACACCAAUGAUGCUGUUGUUCCCCCUCCUGAACCAAACAGUGACUUGCAGGGGCAGGUAAUCAGUAUCAAGGACAAUGAUAGUCUGGCAGCAAGACUUGCAGUGGAGAUGAGAGCAGAUAUGCUGAUUGUCCUUUCUGAUGUGGAAGGUCUUUUUGAUAGUCCACCUGGAUUGGAUGAUGCUAAGCUUAUCGAUACAUUUUAUCCUGGAGACCAGCAGUCUAUCACAUUUGGCACAAAAUCCAGAGUGGGCCUUGGAGGCAUGGAGGCAAAGGUGAAAGCAGCACUUUGGGCUCUCCAAGGAGGAACAUCUGUGGUCAUAGCAAGUGGGACCCACCCAAAAGUAACUGGCCAUGUAAUCAAUGACAUUGUCGAGGGAAAGAAAAUUGGAACUUUCUUCUCUGAGGUCAAACCUGCAGGCCCCACUAUUGAACAACAAGCAGAAAUGGCAAGGACUGAUGGACGAAUCAUGGCUUCACUACAGCCAGAUCAAAGGGCUGAUAUUAUUCACCGGCUAGCUGAUCUCCUGACAGACCAUCGAGAUGAAAUCCUGAAAGCCAACGAAAAAGACAUGGAGAAAGCAGUGACCUUAGGUCGACUUUCUCAACCACUGUUAAAGCGGUUGUCCCUCACAACAGCAAAGUUAAAUAGCCUGGCCAUCGGUCUCCGUCAGAUUGCAGCAUCCACUCAGGACAGUGUGGGCCGGCUAAUCAGGAGAACCAGAGUUGCGAAAGGACUGGACCUGGAGCAAAUAACUGUUCCCAUUGGUGUCCUGUUGGUGAUUUUUGAAUCUCGUCCAGACUGUCUUCCCCAGGUUUCUGCACUGGCAAUAGCAAGUGGAAAUGGCCUGUUAUUGAAAGGAGGGAAAGAAGCGACUCUCAGCAACCACAUUCUGCACCAUUUGACACAGGAAGCACUUUCCAUGCAUGGUGUCAAGGACGCAGUUCAUUUGGUAAGCACUCGUGAGGAAGUAGAAGAUCUCUGUAGACUCAACAAACUCAUUGAUCUAAUCAUCCCUCGAGGCUCCUCUCAGUUGGUUCGAGACAUUCAAAAAGCAUCCACUGGCAUUCCAGUCCUUGGGCACAGUGAGGGGAUUUGUCAUGUGUAUGUGGAUUCUGAUGCUAAUAUAGAAAAGGCCAUCAAGAUUGUUCGAGAUUCCAAAUGUGAUUACCCCGCAGCAUGUAAUGCUCUGGAGACAUUGUUAAUCCAUAGAGACUUGCUGAGGACACCAUUCUUUGACCAGAUUAUUGACAUGCUGAGAGUAGAACAGGUGAAAAUUCAUGCUGGGCCCAAGUUUGCAUCAUAUUUGACUUUCAGCCCUUCAGAAGUGAAGUCCCUUCGCACAGAGUAUGGGGACCUGGAGUGCUGCAUUGAAGUUGUGGACAAUGUGCAGGAUGCAAUUGGACACAUACAUAAAUACAGCAGUUCUCACACGGAUGCAAUUAUUACAGAGAAUGAGGAGACAGCUGAAUACUUCAUGCAGCAUGUUGACAGUGCUUGUGUCUUCUGGAAUGCAAGCACUCGAUUCUCUGAUGGAUAUCGAUUUGGACUUGGUGCAGAGGUUGGAAUCAGUACGUCACGUAUCCAUGCCCGUGGGCCAGUAGGAUUGGAGGGGCUGCUGACCACUAAAUGGCUGCUACGUGGAGAGGGCCAGACAGUGUCUGACUUUGCGGAGCAAGGCAGCAUGAGCUACAUACAUGAAAACAUACCUGUACCCCAAAGAACAUAAACACUUUCACAAUGAAAGUAUCACAGACACUUACCCUCAGGAAUGUUCUGUGACUGUCCAUCAUUGCUUUCCAGCUUUAUUAAUAAGCUAUAUUUAUAAAUAUCUAUGUAGCAUAGUUUUCAUACACCUCUUUCAGUUGAGGUCCGUUUCUGAGGUUGUUUCUGUACCUGUUGCUGCCCCUUUCUCUAAAUACUCCAUUCUGCUGCUUAAAAUGGUACUUGUUAGCUGAGGUACCUUUUUUGAAGUGACAAGUGAAUUAAUUAUUGUUUGAAACAAUAUCCAGGACAAGUCUUAACAAACAGAUGUUACCAGUUCAAACCCCCAAUUACUCUUCAACAAAAGUGUGAGGGUGAGUAUUGAAGAGAAAUACAAAAUAACAUCAAUCAGAUUGCUGUCAUUACAGGCACACCUUCCAAACACAUUGUGAACCGGGCUCAUUUAUCACACUGAUGUCAAUAAGUUUAUCACUUGAUUUUUUAAAGUUGCUUCCACGUAGUCAGAUUUCCCUGACAAUGUUGCCAUCGGUGGGUAUGUUGUAUCAUUUGAAUGGGCUUUGCUUCAUUUAUGACCCCAGUCCAGCAGGAAGUUGGGAAUUUUGAGGUCAAAUAAGUGCAGAUGUAACACCAUAUGGUGAAGGGGCACAAGCCUACAAUUGCAUUGCUACAACAAUGGUGGUGUUGAGAAAGGUUCCAGCUCCUUGCACACAAAUCACAAAAAACUUAACAUUCCGUUAUAGCCAGCAGUUGGGAAGAUGAAUGGAAUGUUGAAACAAAGGCUGCUGUUGCAGUAUUUGCCUUUCUUAGAGGGCUCCCUACCUAAGGACCAAUAUCUUCCUUAGAGAAGAGCUAUGGGAGAUUGAUUCUACAUCUAAGGAUUAUCUUGAGGACAGGUUGAGUAGAAAGGGUCUAUAUUCUCUGGUCUGUAUAAAUGAAGAUGUCAUCAAAAUUAUCACAUUAAUGGAGGGGUUAGCUGACAUGGAUGCUGAGAAUUUGUUUCCCUGAGUUGUAGACUCCAGAACUAGAUGACACCUUCUCAGGAUAAGGAUGUGGUCAUUUAGAACCAAGAUGAGGUGAAAGUUCUGCCUGAGCAUUCAUAGAUCGCAAGUCAUUAAGCAUAUUCAGCACAGAGCAAUAGAUCUUUGAGCAAGAUGGAUCAGGAAUAGGCAGGGAAAGUGGUCUUGAGGCACAAAGUCAUCCAUGAUGAUUUGAAUGUUGCAGCAUACUCGAGGGGCUAUCGAGCCUACUUCUGCUAUUUCUUAUCAUAAUGUUACCUUUUGGGAAACACAACAUAGGCCCUCUGACAAGACUUUGGUGCAAAGCUCUGAAAAUGCCACAUUCCAGUGAAACUGAAUAGACUGUCAAGUCGUGACCACCUAAAUUGAUGUGAGCAGAAUCUCAUUUAAGAUUGCCUGGACUGAGAGAAAGUAAUAUAAGGCAAAUAGUGAAUGAGAGAUCGGUAAAGAAAUGCAUUUAUUUGGCAGGAAAAGUCAGUGAACCUGGGCUUGGGAGAGAAUAAACAAAACAUGGGAAAAGUCAAGAUCCAAACAGUUUUUCCAACAUAGACUGGAGACAAAUGUGUUACAGUAGUGAAGAAUUCUGGACAGGAUAUCAUUACAUUUGGAUGUUAAUCAAAAUUCACAUACCUUUAAGGUCCAGUAGACAUAUCUUGCACUGGGGACAUACUUGCAGGAUGAAUGGCCUUAGAGCUGGACUCAAGUGCAGAUUGUGGCUGUGAAACUUCUUUGUGACCAAGUUACUGACCCUGGAGAACUAUUCACUUUCUAAACCUCAAUGGACCUGAACACCCAGAUAUUUUUGUAUAUCAAUUUUCCCCAGGACUUUUCCAUUUACUGCAUAGUUUGCUCUUGAAUUGGAUCAAAAGUGAAAAUCAGUUCUUUUAUAGUCACACGUCACAUGUGGAAUUAGCAAUCCAGUCUCUCAUGGAUGUUUUUAGAAACUUUUUUUAACUGGAUUUUGGAAGAUUUAUGUAGUUUGUAGGUGUGAGACCAUAGUUUCUUUUGCCAAGUUUUCAUUUUGUAAAAGUGCAUUUAGGGGUUGAAUAACGACCUGAGCAAUUCGAGUGCAUUAGAACAUGGCACUAAGGAUCCUGCACCAGUUUUAAGGAACUAUCCAUCAAACUGCAAAUAAAUUAUCCAGGUAAACCAGCCAAAAGCCCCAAAAAAGUGACUUUAAAAUCUGCUGCAUUCUCCCUGUAGGUCAUGUACAGUCUUUUGGUGCUUUUAGCAAUAGUUAUGAGAGUUUCAGAUAUAGUGUGGUUAUC